AUGAGCUUCUUCACACGAAAGAAGAAAGAGAAGCCUGCGGCUCCGGCGGCCACGACGAAGUACGAGGCUGUCAGCAAGGAGCCCGAACCGGUGAAGGAGGAAACCGACCCGGUGAAGGACGAGGCGAAAGAGGCGCUCUUGGCUGACGAGGCGCCCGAGUCGCCGCUCACGGAGCCCAUGGUGCCGGUGCAGACGCGGGAGCCGGACCCGCUGAAGCCCACCUUGUUAGGAGAUAAAGAACCGGAGGCCGUGGCGAAUGCCAAGGCUGCACCUCAAGGGCCGCAAAUACCUGAGUUGGCCAAUGUUGAAGACAAGGCGGUGGUGAGGAAGGAGCCUGAGAGUCCAGCCCGGGGGCCUUUCAUGACCGAAGAACACGAGCGAGGGAAGUCCAACCUCAUGGUAUCUACGGGAGUGGUGGGAGGCAUCAUGGUGUUGAUCCUCAUGCUUUUCCUCCUAGGUGGCAUUCUUCCAGACACCAUCCAACGGAACUUUGAUUCGUUUAUCGGCCGCACAGGCAGAUUUGGUGGACGCGUGAGCACUGCGCCCAUCAUGCACUACUACAUGUACCGAGUGCAGAAUGACGAGGACUACUCCCCGGAGAAUCAGAACAUGGCCAACAUUGCUGGAGCCUUGUGGUACCUCCACAACGAAAUCGUGUGGCACCAUUGGCUGAGGGCUGGCACGUUCGCCUCCACGCCCAAGACACGCAUCGAGCGCUUCCUGGUCUUCAGCCGUGCCUCCCAGGAGCUCUACGACAAAGGCAUGAACUUCGGCGUGGUAAACACCUAUGACCUUGGGAAAUGCUCCGGACCUUACAAAUGCGAAAACCUCCAAGAGUAUGGCCCCGUGGUGGGUUGCGAAUCUUGGGAUCCCAAGCAGGGCAACAACUUUCCGCAUGGCCAAUGGACGGGCAAGAACGUCUAUCCCAAUGCUGUUUGGUAUAGCUUGCCCGGCAAGUGUAGCAGCGUGAAGUUUUGGCAACAACAAGGAGAUUGUUCCAAUCACGAGCCGAGUGGUGCGUGCCCCUUGGGCGUGGUCCCCACAGGUGAGUGGACCUGUACCUACACCUACCAGAAGGUGGGUGAGAUCCGAAUCAGUGAAGUGGAGAAUAUCACCGACUUGGAAGCCUUCCUCGAAGGUGGAGGACGAGAGUACAACAAGGAGACGGACAAGGGCAUUCACUUGCACUUUUGGGAUGACAUCGAUGAUCCGGUGGCCUGCCAGAAGCGGGUGGACAAAGUGAACAAAAUGUUUCAGAAGAAGUAUCCCGAUCAGCCGGUCUUGGAGGACCCCUCCUGCGACUUCAACGUGGGGAAGUUCUAUCCCUACUUCCCGGAGGGCGUCUUCCAUGCAGCGCAGACGAACCACUCCACGAAUGGAACAACCAACAACACGAAUGCCAACGUGAGCAAUGCGGCAAGCUGCGAAGUGAAGGCCAUGCGGCGGGAGGAGUGCUUCUUUCGUCGCCUCCUGCAAGUGAAGACUCCAGAUGUGAAUGUCAUUGCCAUAGAGCUGGCGCAAUCUUACACCUCCCAAUCUCACGACGCCUUUGUCUUUGGGGCCGGCCCUGAUGGCACUUCGCUGGGUGAUUGCCCCUUUGCCCACAGUGUGCAGAUGGCACUAGGUCUGAAAGGCAUCAGCUACGAAGUGACCCCCUGUGUGCAGGAGACGAAGCCGCAGUGGCUGAUUGAGGAGUAUGGCGGAAAGAUGCCCUGUGUUUGCCACAAUGGCGAAGCCCACGUGGAGACCGCUGAGAUCCUGGCUUGGAUUGACCGGGAGUUCCCCACGGCCUCGUCGUUGCAGCCGCCGGUGGAACUGGCGGAGCAGGUGAAGGGCUUUGGAGUCUUCCCUGCCAUAGCUCAGUUCACCAAGAACACAGACAGCGCCAAGGACGAGGAGCUACGAGUCAAGCUGGAAACGUCCUUGCGCGCCCUUUCGAAGCGCUUAGAGUCAGCUGGGGCAUAUCUGCAGGGCGCCGAACCUGGACUGCUCGACUGCGACAUUCUACCGAAGCUCUAUGUGCUCUCACUGGCUACGGCACACUACAAGAACUUCAAGCUUGAAGAUCUGAAAGAUGGAGAGGCUCUUCGCGGCUACUGCAGCCGCGGCAUGGCCUUGGAGGCCUUUCAGCGAGGUGGAUUUGUGGAGGUUUGCCAGGCUGCCAUGCACCUCAUUGGGCCCACCACCAGAGACCCGUCUUGGGGUGAAGAGGGGCACCGCCGCAAGGCCAAGGGAGGACUGAUCCUUGGCCCUUUGGGUUUGGUGUUUGUGGCGGCUUUGUCCCAUCAUUGCAUGGGCCUUCUAUUGAAGCUCGCCACGAGGACCAGCACCAGGUCCUUUGGCUCAUUGGCUUGCAACAUCCUUGGGCGACGAGCAAAGAUUCUCGUCGACUUCUGUUUGGUGCUUACACAGUAUGGCUUCGCGAUUGCUGACAUCAUCUUCAUCGUGGAGAACGUGAGGGACGUGGUUUGUUGGGAGACCAAUCAGAGCGCUUGUCCUGGCAAAGCGGCGGUGUGCACCGGCACAUUGAUCUGUGUGUUGCCCUUCACGUGGCUUCGGUCUUUGCAGGUACUGACGGUCCCAGUCCUGAUGUCAAACGUGGUGUUGUUGUGUGGCAUCUCGUGGAUCUACUACUGCAGCUUCGUACAACUAGGCACUCACGGCAUAGCUCCGGGCAUUGUCUCCUUCAACUGGGCGGAGUUUCCGAUUUUCUUUGGCUGCGCUGUGUUUUCCUUCGAAGGGGUUGGCUUGAUCCUUCCGAUACAGUUUGCCAUGCAGCAGCCGGCCAAGUUCCCGAAGAUCUUGCAGCGGGCGAUGCAACAACGGCUUGUAUGCGGGAGCGGGAGAGGGGAAAGCGCACAUGGGCACUCAACCAAAGUCAUGAAGCUUGCUUCAAGGGUUUGCUGUGGUCUUUGGGGUGCCUUCUUUUGAACUGACAUUGCAACACUACUGUCGCUUCUUCGAUUGCGAAACAUUUUGACAGAAAAGUUGAUCGUUACAGG